AAAUGGACCUGAACGCGUCGCUAUAAAUUGGAGGGGGAGUAUCGUCUAUUCCCCAGCAAACUGAGCUUCAUCUGAGUGCUACAUUCUCCAUUUACUACAAUGCCUUCUUUCUCUACUCUCCUCGUAACCGUUGCCGCCGCCGCCGUUCUUGUCCGUGGUGCAGACAACACCACUGAAGCCGCGGAUUCCCUCAACGAAGGGACCUCCUUCAACGCUCCUGUCACUCCCUGGGAGCAGGACGCGACGCCAGGAUGGUACUACGGCGACUCUCCCGACAAUCUCCCCGACUCUUUGAAUGAUCUGCCUUGGCUCAAGGACGGAUACCUGUGCUCGCUCCUCACGCAGCAGAAUAAUGGCUUCCAGUGCCCAACGUCUGUUCCCACUCCGAGCAGCGACGGCUACAUCCAGACGUUUUCCAACUAUACCGGUGCCACCCAAGCGGUCGACUAUAUGACUUACGGAUUGGUCGAUACUGUCGAAUCUUGCAAGGCUAUGUGCAACAAUGUUAACGGCUGUAUUUUCGUCAACUCCUACCACGAUGUUAACGGAAAGAACGGAAGUCCCCUCUUGACCUGUUCACUGUUCUCCCAGUGCCACUCCGUCGCGGACUCCAUCAACCGUGGAGGACAGACCCAGCCUGAUGGUAGCAUUGACUACAUCACCAACAGUGACGGAUAUUGCAAGCAGAGGUGUUCGUGUGGAGGAGCCUAAUUGGUUCAUAAUCUGAAGGAAUAUAUAUUCUACUAAUUUCGAAUAGCUAUCGCGUACCUGUCUUCUUAUCAUGUAGGAAAUGCCAA